CUUGCCCUGUGAACGCGCCGCUUUACCCCAGAUUCCCCUCCUCACUUUUAAGAAACCGGGUUUUUUGUUUGUUUUUUGCAUUGAUGAGGACGGGGAAUUGGAGAGAGAAGAGAACUGGGCAGUGCUCUAAAGACCUGAGCGCAUAAAAGGGGGUGAGAAGCUAUGUGACGGAUGCUCUCCCUGGGAGAAAUCUCCAAAGACCAGCCCAGUCUAUCUGGCUUUCUACUUAGAGCGGCUUUUCUUUCUUUCCCCUUUUGGUAAAGGCAGAAGAGCAAGGGGUGGGUGGGAAAGAGGGUGUGAAAAUGCUGGACACCAUCCACACCGCGAUCCUGGAGUGUGGGAGGAACGUCUUCCUUACACUUCCCAAGCUCACUACGGAAGAGGUCCUUAGCAUUUGGGGCACCGUUUCUGAAUUUGUUGAAAAGCAACUCUCCAUGAAUAAGGGUGUCUUAAUACCAGGGCUGGGGACGUUCUCCUUUUUGAGACAGAAGCUGGAAGUUGGCAAUAACAAGUACAUUCUCAUACAACGGCCUGUGUUCCUUCUGUCUGAGAAACUUGCACAGAUUCAUGGGCUGAAGUUUAACAAAAUACACACUCCCGGUGAUAUCCCAAUCGUUCAGCUAAAUUUCAUAGUGUUAUCCCUGGAGGGCCCCUUCAACAGGGAGAUCGUGGAAGGAUGCAUCCGAGAGACUCUCUUGUCUUUCUCGCGGUCCAUCGCCACCAAGCAGACAGUCGAGUUCACUUUCAAGGGGAUUGGCGUUCUGGUGAUCCGGGACAAUAGGGUGAAGAUGAAGUUUUAUAAAGACUUUCUUCGCACCAUGGACGGGAGUGGGAAUCUCCUGAAGGCUCUUUCAAACAGGCCAGGGACAGGGGAUUCGGUGUUGUCAGCCAGAGAAACCACUGUUCCACAUUCACGCACCGGUAAUGUCGUAAUGUUUCCAAGGAUUGAAGUGAAGGAAAUGGAAACCAUUCUGGAAGAAGGUGAGAAGAUGAGCAAGGAAAAAGAACAAACAGACAAAGAGAACCACAAAAAAGAAAAUCUUUCGGCAAGGCGUCUUCUCUCUCGCCAACUGAUUUCUCCGGCCAAAGUCGCUGGGGUCUGCUUGACUGAAGAGUUGGAGAAGAACCUAAAGUCAAAGCUGCCCCUGCAAAGGCAAACAACACCUGUUCCUGAAGCCUCGAAGAUGGAGCAAGAAGCCAGCCCCAAAAUGCCUGCCCCUAGGUCCCGGACUCCAUCCCCAAUUUGUCAAGAUCACGGUAGGGCAGGACAGGAAAUGUGCUACCUGUGCAUGCAGCGCGCUCAGAGGAACAUCCCUUUGUAUUUGAGUGAAGACAAGAGAAGGAAAGAGAAGGAAGAAGACAGGAUAUUGGCCCAGUAUCAGGCCCUCAAAGACCAAGUUGCCCUUCAGAAGCAGCUGAUGCGAGCUGUGACAACUCGAGAAGAGAACCAGAAAGUCGCUGCUUUUAACCUUGGGAUUGCUGAAGCCAUCAGAAACCACAAGAACGAGAAACCUGCCGAAACCUACAAAUCGUACAUUUUUGAGAAGAGGCCGCCUAGUUCUACCCCUCACCAAAAGCAAGAGGAAUACGUGCAUCAGCUGGGGAAGCAACUGGAGGACAGGAUGGCAGUAGAGACGAAGCAAAAGCAGAACCAGGACCUUCUUGACCGCCUGGAGCAAGUGCAACUGGCAGAAGAGUUAGCUGCCCAAAGAACAAAAUUUCUGAAGGACAAGAUGGAAGAAAUGCAGUGUUAUAAGAGGGCAUUGGACACACAGAUAAAGAUGAAGCCGACUCCGUUGCCGCAGUACGAGCCUGAUUCAGCUGAGAUCAUCUUUGGGAAGAAUGAUAUGAAUAAUGACAAAAUGGAUGAAAGAAAAAAGCGAGCCCAGGAAUAUUCCAAAUACCAGUUGCAGGCGGCUGCGGACCACAAGCGGGCGGCCAUCAUCAGCGAGCUGGUCGAUCAGAGGAGAGCAGCAGAUAUGAUUCAGAGAGCAAAGAAGCAGUUGAUAGCUGAGAAAGGAGCGCGCCUUGAGAAGAUUUUCCAAAUGAACUUAGCCAUGCAGGAGGACUGGAAGAAGAGCGCGGGGUUGAAAAGGCAACGGGAUUAUGAAGAGCAACUCUUUAAGCGCGCUGGGGACAAGCUCCUGCUACUUGAUCAGUGUGCGAGGUAUCGCCAUUGCUACCAGUGUAAGAGAAGCAUAGGCAACAACGGGGAAACAAACCUUUGGAUAGACAAUAAAUACAUCCCUGGAUCCCGGUUGAUAGUAUGAAGCAACUUCACCUGUUUGUUCCUUCCCUCUUCCAUCCUGUAAUUUUCAAAAAUCGUUUUGAAGAAAGAAGAAAUCUGAUGGCUUUGAUGUGCUUGAUUGGAGUCUUGCAGCUCUGUGCAAUAUAUUCUCCCCUUUUCUGCUGCUUUCUGGCUUAAGGUUCCUGUCCUCCUGCCUUCAGUGUGGUUUUUAUGAAGAAUUAUGUUGAAUUAAAAAAAGUAUGG